AUGUCUGGCUACUAUCCCCCGCCUCCCGGAGCCGGCAGUGCCCCUGGUAUGCGCAUGCCAUCGUCGAGUUCAGACGACGAGCUUCAGUGUUUAGUCGGGCAGCCCGCUGACGAGGAUCAUCAUACAGGCCAGCAAAGCUAUCCGCCUCCGCCCAUGUCGGCACCCCCUACGCAGACACAGUUCUCGUACCCUGCUCCUCCGGCAAACAACCAGGCCAGGAACUAUCCUCCGCCCCAGGCUGCUCCAAACCCCACCCCUCCGCCAGCUGCCUCGACCCCUUCGUACGCACCCCCUCCGCAGCAGCAACAGUACGCGCCACCUCCCCAACACCAACAACAACAGCAAUACGCCCCGCCUCCCCAGCAGCAACAGUACGCUCCUCCACCCCAGCAGCAGCCGCAGCAGCAGCAACAACAGCAAUAUGCGGCGCCGCCACAGACGUCCCCUCCUCCCAUGCAACAUGGCGCGUUGCCUCAGCACUUGCGCACUCCUUCAGGCGUGUCGCAAACAUCUUCUCAACAGCAAUAUGCCCCACCUCCCGGCUACCCGAAGGAGGAAGACACCGGCGCGUACCCGGCCGAGAAGCAGCAGUAUCAACAGCAUCAGCCGCAGCUGCAACCGCAGGCUCCGACCAUUGAUCCCACAGGUACUCCCUCCAUGAUUAUGGGCGCUCCUCCUGCCGGCCAGUUCAUGGGCGCCGGCACGACCGUCGUCGACGAUGUGGGUACCUUUAACGGUGGGAGCUACCGGAUAAGUCAUCGGGACUGCAACACGGUCUUGACCGUCCAGUUGGCCAUCGGAUGUCCCCUUGAAGCCAGGCCAGGCCGCAAGUCACUCACAAGAGACACAGGCUCCAUGAUUGCAAUGUCCCCCUCGAUUGUCCUGAAGGGGUCCUACAAGUUCAGCAUGAAGAAGCUCGUCGCCGGCGGUGAGAUGAGCACGUCAACCUACACGGGCCCGGGUGAGCUGCUCCUGGCCCCGCCCAUGCUGGGCGACAUCACCAGCCUGCGGCUGACGGGCCAUGAGUCGUGGUCCGUCAGCCACGACGGCUUCCUCGCCUGCACACAGAACGUCGUCAAGGACUACAAGCGCCAGGGCCUCGGCAAGGCCAUGUUCAGCGGCGAGGGCUUGUGGGUGUACAAGAUCAGCGGCACGGGUUUGGUGUGGUUGACCAGUUUCGGGGCUAUCAUUCGGAAGGAUCUCAUGGACGGCGAGAAGUACAUUGUCGAUAACGGACAUCUGGUGGCUUGGAACACCAAGUACGUCCUGGAGCGCGUCUCGUCUGGCGGCCUCAUCUCGGGCAUCGCGUCUGGCGAAGGCCUCGUCUGCAAGUUCACUGGUCCGGGGACUGUCUUCAUCCAGACCAGGAACGCGAAAUCGUUCACUGCGUACAUGACGGGCCAGCAGACGCAAAUGUAA